AUGGCGUUGUGUGAGAACCAGGCGUGGGGAGAUGAAGCGGCGGAGAGUUUCCAGCGGAGCACGGCGGCGGCGGCGGCGUCGGAGUACCAGGGGAUCAUAGAGGGAAUUCGCUCGGGGGACGAGAAGUGCAGGGUGGAGGCGGCGAAGGAGAUCCGCCGGCUGACGAAGACGUCUUCGAAGCACCGGCGACAGCUAUCUGGUGCAGUCGACCCGCUCGUCGAGAUGCUCAGGUCCGGCAGCCUCGAGUGCAAGGAGUCUGCCUUGCUCGCCCUCCUCAACCUUGCUGUCAUGGACGAGAGGUAGGCGGACCGAAGACUCCUCUCUCUCUUCUGAUCCCGAAUUUCACUGAAUUAGCCUCAGCGUCUGAUUCUGGUCGAGUUUUUCAUUCGUCUCUUGAGCUCAACUCUCGCGGGUGUUUUCUGGUUCUGAUGGAGGGAUGUUCUUUCAUCGGGAUUCAACUCUUCGCGUAGCUUUUUUUCUAAAAUUUUACUCAUAAUUCUUCCAAAACCUUUCACCACUUUUGAUCAUUCGUUCAGCCUUGCUUGUGAAUUAGGCAUCGGCGAGGGUAUCCCUUUAUUCCUCUGUACACCUUUCUUACGGACAAAGCAGGACACAUCAGAAUUAUCUAUAAUUCUUUCCCUCCGUUCGUCUUCCCGAUUAAAGAUGCUAAGAACCACGUUGCUCUUUCCAUCAGCCAAAUCGUCGGUUGCGACGAUGACGCUAUGUGAAUCUCUCUUCUUCUUCGACUCCGGCUUGCGGAUCUACUGACUCGAUCGUUUUGUUAGAUAUGAUUUGAUUCUGAAUGAACUAGGGAUUUCUGGCAUCUAUGGACGCCAUCAUAACCUUGGAUUAUCCAAAUCUGCGAACAAAUUGCGCUUCAAUUGGCCACAAGAGCCUUUGGAUUCAUUCACGGGGCUUCUUCCUCACAUCGGAAUCCCACCUAAUCAUGUUGAUCUAUUGUUCCAUCUUCGUUUUUCCUGGUGGUUAAAGGGGGGCCGAAUGGGCGCCCAUCCAUCCUCAAAAGAAACGGAGAGAGUCCUGAUCUUCGGCGAUUCCCUCCUAUCUCUGUCUGUGACUUUUAGCUUGACGGAGAAACGAAUCCCUCAGCAAACCUCGCUGUUUUCCAUUACACAGCAAACUAACUUCGAAUCAGCCUCGUGCUGGCUGCGUGAUGAUGUCUCUAUGCAGAUGCCAAAAGGCCAUACGUUCAUCUUUUUAUUGACUUUCCCACUUUCUUCCUUGUAACUAUACCACUCACCUUCAUCUAUCAUGGCUCAGAUAAACCCGAGAGCGUUCCUUCUUCCUUUUGUUUUUUUCAUGAGAAAAGGUUUAGCUUAUGAUAUAAAUGUGUAGAUAUCUGUAAUCUCUUGAGUGGAGUUGGUGAUGUUGAGGACCUUUUUUUUCACUCUAUAUGAUUAGCAUGGAACAUUUUUUAAGGGGAAACUGGAAAACCAUGUUUAUCUCUCAUAAUUACCAUUGAAAUACCUUCUGUUCUUGAACAAACGAGUUCUUGAGAAUUUGGGGGGAAAAAAAAAUCCUGCAAAUUUUGUGAAGGACUACCAAAACCAGGUACUGCGAACUCCGCCUGAGAUUUGCCUGAGUGAGAUGAUUCCCCAGUAGAUCCUUUAUGUUACUGAUGUUAUUGAUUCUCGUGUUAUUUGGGUCAACGUCUCCAGUACAUUUUUGAAGAUCCCGAGCUGAUAAAUAAUAAAUAUUCUCUAAUUGGAUACGGUUGACUUUGUCAGGAACAAGAUCAAGAUCGUGGAUGCCGGCGCACUGGAACCACUCGUCGAUUUCCUCCAAUCUGCGAACACAGUCUUGAAGGAACACGCCGCGGCGGCGGUGCUCACCCUCACGGCCUCCGCCGUGAACAGGCCCUGCGUCGGCGCGGCGGGCGCCAUCCCCUUGCUGGUGGAACUCCUCAGCGACGGCAACCCGCAGGCGGCGCUAGACGCCGCCAUGGCCCUCACCAACCUCGCCACCGUGCCGGACAACCUCCGCGCCGUGCUCGCCGCGCGGCCCGUGCCCGCGCUGGUGGGCCUCCUCAGGGGUUGCAGGAAAUCCUCCAAGAUGGCGGACAAGUGCAGCGCCCUGCUGGAAGCCCUGCUGCGCUUCGAGGAGGCGCGGACGGCCCUCACUGCGGCGCACGGCGGCGUGCUGGCGGUGGUGGAGGUGCUCGAGGAAGGCAGCCUUCUGGGCAGGGAGCACGCGGUGGGGGGGCUUCUGAUUCUGUGCGAAAGCGACAGGGACACCUACAGGGAGGCGAUCCUCAACGAGGGCGCCAUUCCCGGCCUGCUCGAGCUCACCGUGCAGGGCACGGCCAAGUCGCAGGCGAAGGCUCAGGUACUCCUGCAGCUACUGCGGGAGUCCCCCUACCGGAGGAGGAAGAGCGAGAAGUUCCAGCCGGAGACCUUUGAGAACAUCGUCUGCAACAUCGUGUCUCAGAUCGACGGAGAAGUCCCCGGAGAGAAGGCGAAGAAGAUGCUGGCUGAGAUGGUGCAGGUCAGCAUGCAGCAGAGCCUGCGGCAUCUACAGCGCCGGGCCCUCAUCUGCAUCCCCCCGCCGUAG